AUGGAACGACUUGUUUCAUCGGUAUCUCGACCAUCGAUUGGGUCGAUACGAUGUUUACCACAAUUGAUGCUAAAUGUUCGCGGUGCACAUAAAGUCCAUCGUGAAUCAUUUCUUAAUGCAUCUUCAUCAAAUUAUAUCGAUGAAAUGUAUGAACAAUGGUCUAAAGAUCCUCAUUCAGUACACAAGUCAUGGGAUCUUUAUUUUCGUAAUCAAGUUUAUCAACGACCUCCUACACUAGGAGUUAAUCCACCAUCACCAGCUUUAACUCAAUAUUAUCAAAUGACAGGUUUUCUUCAACAACAACCAGCUGCUGCUUCUCAACAACAAACACAAUUACAAACAAUUAGUUCAGGCACUGGUGGCGUCCAAGAAAUCCCACUUGAUAUGAAAGCUAUACAAGAUCAUAUGGCUGUACAAGCACUUCUUUAUGGACAUCAUGAAGCUAAACUUGAUCCACUCGGUAUACUGGAAGCUGAUUUAUCUGGUGAACGACCUGAAGGAAUAAGUUUAUCUUCACAUAAAUUGAAUGAAUCUGAUCUUGAUCGAAAAUUUAUUCUUCCACCUAUAACAUUUAUUGGUGGACAAGAAAAAGAACUUUCUUUACGUGAAAUUAUACGACGAUUAGAAGAUGUUUAUUGUCAAACGAUCGGUUUGGAAUAUAUGUAUAUAAAUAGUUAUGAAAAAUGUAAUUGGAUUCGACAAAGAUUUGAAGAUCCAGAACAGAAAAAAUUAGGAAUUAAAGAUAUUGAACGAGCAGUUAAACGACUUAUUCGAGCAUCAAAAUUUGAAGAUUAUUUAAAGAAAAAAUGGAGUUCAGAAAAACGUUUUGGUCUUGAAGGAUGUGAAGUUUUAAUACCAGCUAUGAAAAUGGUUAUUGAUACAGCUGCAGGCAAAGGUGUUGAUACCAUCAUUAUGGGCAUGCCACAUCGUGGUCGUCUUAAUGUACUUGCAAAUGUAACACGUAAACCAUUAGAAGAAUUAUUUUGUCAAUUUGAUCCAAAAUUAGAACCAUCAGAUGUGUCAGGAACUGGUGAUGUUAAAUAUCAUUUGGGUACAUGUAUUGAACGUUUAAAUCGUGCAUCAAAUACAAUGGUUAAAUUUGCUCUUGUUGCUAAUCCAUCACAUUUAGAAGCUGUCGAUCCAGUUGUACAAGGUAAAACUCGUGCGGAACAAUUUUAUCGUGGUGAUAAAGCUGGUGAUAAAGCUAUGAGUAUAUUAUUACAUGGUGAUGCAGCAUUUGCUGGUCAAGGUGUCGUUUAUGAAACCUUUCAUUUAAGUGAUUUACCAGCUUAUACUACUCAUGGUACUAUUCAUAUUAUUUGUAACAAUCAAAUUGGUUUUACAACAGAUCCACGUAUGGCUCGUUCAAGUCCAUAUUGUACUGAUGUAGCACGUGUCGUCAAUGCUCCAAUAUUUCAUGUUAAUGCUGAUGAUGUAGCAUCAGUUUUACAUGUUGCAAAAGUAGCUGCAGAAUGGAGAUGUACAUUUAAAAAAGAUGUUGUCAUUGAUCUCGUUUGUUAUCGUCGUCAAGGCCAUAAUGAAACUGAUGAACCUAUGUUUACGCAACCAUUUAUGUAUAAAAAAAUUCAUAAACAAACGCCUGUAUUGAAAAAAUGGGUCGAUCAAUUAAUUAGUGAAGGUACAAUUAAACAAGAUUGGUAUGAAGCCGAAGAAGCUAAAUAUCAAAAGAUUCUUGAUGAUGCCUUUGCAAAUUCUAAAAGUCCUGCUUAUGCUAAAGAUAAAAAUUGGCUUGAUUCACCAUGGAAGGGUUUCUUCACUGGAAAAGGCCCUUUUCCAUAUCCUAAAACUGGUAUAUCUGAAGAAACUCUUAAAACUAUUGGUGUUAAAGCUCAUGAAUUACCUGAAGGUUUUGCUCUUCAUCGUGGUCUUAAACGUGUUUUCGAAAAUCGUGCUAAAAUGUUACAAGAACGUGAAGUUGAUUGGGCAUUAGGUGAAUCAAUGGCAAUAGGUAGUGUUUUAUUAGAUGGUCAUCAUGUUCGUAUAAGUGGUCAAGAUGUUGAACGUGGAACAUUUUCUCAUCGUCAUCAUGUUUUACACGAUCAAGAUAAAGAUUUAGUAUUUCAUGUACCAAUGAAUUAUCUUAGUCCAACACAAGGUCAUUAUACAAUAUGUAAUAGUUCAUUAUCAGAAUUUGCUUGUUUGGGUUUUGAACUUGGAUAUUCAACAACAAAUCCAAAUUCACUUGUUAUUUGGGAAGCACAAUUUGGUGAUUUUGCUAAUACUGCUCAAUGUAUUAUUGAUCAAUUUAUUUCAAGUGGACAAGCAAAAUGGGUUCGUCAAAGUGGUAUUUGCCUUCUUUUACCACAUGGAUAUGAAGGCCAAGGACCAGAACAUUCAUCAGCACGAUUAGAACGAUUUUUACAGAUGGCUGACGAAGAUGAAGAUCAAGUUACAGAGAUCAAAGAAACAAAACAUCUUCAUCAUAAUGAUCUUGCUAUGUAUCAAUUAGAUGAUGUUAAUUGGAUAAUAGCACAUUUAACAACUCCAGCUAAUUACUUUCAUAUACUUCGUCGUCAAUUAGCACUUCCAUUUCGUAAACCAUUAAUAAUGAUGUCACCAAAAUCAUUACUUCGUUUACCCGAGUGCCGUUCAUCAUUUGACGAAAUGACUACUGGUACAACUUUUAAACGUAUCUACCAAGAAGAAGGCGCUGCAUCACAAAAUGCUUCGGACGUUAAAAAAAUUAUUUUCUGUUCAGGAAAAACUUAUUAUGACUUAUAUAAAGAACGUGCAAAUAAUAAACUUGAUACAGAAAUUGCUAUUGUACGUAUUGAACAAUUAUGUCCAUUUCCAUUCGAUGAAAUUCGUAAAGAAUUGGAAAAAUAUAACAAUGCAAAAGUAUGUUUUGCACAAGAAGAACAUAAAAAUAUGGGACCGUAUACGUACUGUAAACCACGUCUUGCUUGUCUUCUUCGAUCAAUGAACGAUGCACGAGCUGGAGAAAUAAAUUAUGCUGGACGAGAGGCUGCUGCAGCAACAGCUACGGGUAUUAAAUCAAGUCAUUAUUUGGAACAGAAAACUUACAUGCAACAAGCAAUGGCUUUUUAA